AUGGAGAAGCAAAAGAUUGUGGUGAAGGUGAGCAUGAACAGCGACAAGCAAACCCGUAAAGCUCUGAAGAUCGCGGUUAGCAUCUCUGGAGUUGAAUCAGCGUCUUUCGUUAAAGACCAGCUGAUAGCGGUGACCGGUGAAGCCAUUGACUACAUUGAACUUACAACCUUACUAACGAAAAGAAUUGGAUACACAGAAGAACUACUUAGUGUUGGUCUUGUGGAGGAAUCCAAGCCCCCCAUUGAGGCGCCAAGGACUUAUAGUAGUGUAAUUGCUGACUAUUUAAGCAACUUUAGACUAUUGAAUAACUAUCGUUUUGGCACUUAA